GUUAAAACUUGUGAACAGAACGUUUCUGAAGACAACAUCAUCAAUGCGGCCAAUCUUAUUCUUGGGUUACUAGGAUUAAUUGGAAAUUCGAUGGUGAUUAUUGCAUUUAUAAAACAGAAAAAACUUCAAUCAUCAACCAACAACUUUAUCGUAAGUUUGGCAGCCGCUGAUACAAUGGAUUCAAUAAUACUUGUAGCCUUCAAAUUAAUUUACAAUACAAAAAUAUUUUCGAGAAAUUUCUGUUACUUGGCGAUGAGCAUAUUUGGAACAUCAGAAGUGGUGAUUUCAAUGACAUUGCUCCUUCUCGCUAUUUUACUUUUUUAUGGAAAAACAUCAAACAAAUUCAGUUUAACUUCGAUUUUUAUAUUUUGGACAAUCGCAU